CUUUAACACGCAGCGACGUAAUGACGUCACCCGAGUGCAACAAGCAGCAAAACAAGGAAGCGCACCGCUGUCCGAUAAAAGUCGACAAAUGCCUUCCUUUUAGCGCAGGAUGUCCGCUUCGAACCUGGAGGGGAGGACAGUGGAGGUGUUGGAGCUCCCCGCAGGCGUAGACGAGGAGCUGCUGUACCUCUACUUUGAGAACAAGCGGCGCUCCGGAGGAGGUCCGCUGGAAUCGGUGGAGAUCAAGCAGAACCGGGUUGUGCUGGUGUUUGAAGAGGCCGAAGCUGCCAGCAGAGUGCUGACCAAAAAGCACCACGUAGUGCACAACGCGGAGCUGAGCGUGAGGAAGCCGCGGCAGAAGGACCGAUGCAGGCUCCUGCUGCGGGGCAUCAGCCCCUACACCAGCGCAGAGAUUAUCGAGCUCUACGUGGAAAACAUGAUGGACCUGAACGCAGCGGAUUACACCCUGAUCCCGUCGGCACAAAGAGAUCUCCUCCUCAUUCAUCUCCACCAACCCUUAACUAAAGAUUUCCAGACUCUGAGCACAAGAAUCUCCAAGAGAAGACUGGACGGGUCAGACGUAACUCUGGAGCAGGUUGAGCAAACCGACUGCGUUUUAGUGGAGAACCUGCACCCCGGCACCACCCCUGAGCUGCUGGCGUUGUACUUCGAGGGCGAGCGAGGCGGCGGCCAGAAGGUGAAGGCGGUCAGCGUUCUGUCAGAGGGAACGGCCAAGGUGACCUUCGCAUAUUACGAGUCUGUGGACUCCGUCCUGGGUCGUCCUCAUAAAGUGAACGACACCGAAGUCGUAGUGAAGGCCUACUUUGACUUUCUUCAGCCCGCAACACAAGACCUGGAGACCGAGGAGCAGGACGUCGCAGAGAAGAGCUCAGAGGAAGCGAACAAUAUGGAGAUGCAGGCCAGUCCGCUCCCAGUCGAUGCGGAGCUGUCCCCCCUAGCUGUGACGUCAGACGGCAGUCAGCCGCCCUCUCAGACCACCUCGGAGCCGCCGGCUGCCAGUGGGGCGGCGCUGCUGGUGGAGGUGGAGGAGGUGGAGGUGGAGGAAGAGGAUGCAGGCAUGGAUGAGCAAACUGAGGAGAUGGAAACACCAUGGUGCCACGUUGCCAUCCCAGACCCAGUUAAACAGGCUUUGUAUCAAAGGAGUAACGUUCAGCAGGACGUACAGAAGGCCCACCCCAGUUUUAGCAUCCAAGUGAGAGACGACGGCGUGCACGUCGCAGGACCGGACAAAGCGGAGCUGGAGCAGAUAAAAGACACCAUUUCAAGCUUCAUCGGGAGCAUGGUAGAGACCCAGCUUACCGUCGACCCGGAGGUGGCCCAGUUCCUGGAGAGAAAAGACGUGAAGAACCAGCUGCUGCACACCAUGACCCGCAGGGGCAUGCAGGCGUUAUACACGGUGUCGGAGUCUACCGUGCGCGUCACAUCCACGGGCCAGAGCUCCGCCGACCAGGCGGGCAGCUUUUUAAAAGCCCAGGUGGGUCAGUUCAGCCUCCCCCUGGAGUCGGAGCAAGAAAGCCUGCUGUGCUGCAGGGAGUGGGACGUGUUCCUGCAGGCUCUGGGCUUCACGGCUGCAAAGGCGCAUGCAGGCAACGUGGACGUCCUGACUCUGAAAGGCAUGGAGGAGGAGAAGCAGACGGCGAUCCUUCAGUUCCUGACUACACCCAUAGAACGGGAGACGCUCCUCCCUAUGGAGCCCGGCAUGCUGAAGUACAUCCAGACCCACUGUCACCAGCUGCUGGCUGACAUGGACCAGGUGUCCAUUUUCCCACUGGAGGCUGAAGAUAACUGUGGCUUAAAGAUCCACGGUCAAGCAGUUGCGUGCCAAAUGGCGGAGGAGGUGCUGCAGGGCGUGGUCUCAUCCGUCUGCACCAGGACCAUCACAGUGAACGUCCCCGGAGUGGUUCGCUUUUUGGAGGAGAAGGAGUGUCAGAGCAUUCUGAACGAGAUGGAGAGAAAGUUUCUGGUGUACAUCAGCCUGAAGUACGUGCCCUGGGAGCCCUCACCGCACCAGGACAUUUUUGAAGGUGCGUGGAAGAUGCUGUCUCAGAAAAACCUCCAGAGAGGCUGCGUGAACGGCUCUGCACAUGAGCCGAAAGCCGACUCCAUGCAGACGGACUGUAACGGAGCCUCAAACACGGGCCUUUUAGAUGAGGCCAGGAGAAUCGUCUCGACUGUUGAUCAAAGGCCGGAAGACGGGGUGCCAGCCUCAGACCAGCUCGACGACAUGGAUGAUUUGGAUCUGUACACCGCAGACGAACCGGGCGCUUUGACGGCUCAGGACGCUGACGUGGCCGACCGCAGUGUGCCAAGCGGGUUGCUCGCCACGCCUCAGGGAGUUCUGGGCAUCAGCAGCCUGGAGGAAGAGGCGCAGCUCUCUUUAGCCAUCCAGUACUCUAUGGAGUCGAGCCAGUGGUCCCUGCAGGAUGAAGAGGAGCAGCUUAAAAAAGCCUUAGAGCUGUCCAAACUGAUUCAAGCGGAGCACGCCUCUAGCGCUUCAGACAACAGCCAGCGGCUUCCCCAGCAGAAGGAGAGUGUGGAUCUGUCCUUCGAGAAGGCGUUAAAGGCAGCCAACACCCUCCAGCUCCACGUGUUUGCGGGAUACAACUGUGACCUGAUUCGGGUGGACAUUGCUUUCAAUAAGAAGGUGAACCAGAGACAGGCCGAGGAGAAGGUGGAGCACAGGAGCGUCAAGAACAUGUCCGAUUACCACAAGAAAUGCUUGGAGAUGAUCAAGCGGAAGCACGCGGUGGACAUCCAGGUUCAGGGAACCAUCAUUGCUGUUUCCGGGUUUAAGGAUUACGUGAAUGGAGCACUUUCCGACGUGAAGCUACUGCUGGAGAAUAUCUCUAACUCUAUAUCGGACAAGGAAAUCCUGAAGACUGUUCAGUGGGUGCACCAAAACCCGGUGACCUUAAAGACCAAAGCGUACUCCCCUGACGCUAUAGUGUUCGUUGAGAACGCUUGGAGAAUGAAGAUGAAGAAAGUUGAGGUCUUGUUCGACAACCAGCCCCACAUCAUCAACUUUGAGAAGAUGCAAGAGUGUAACGUCGCUUCUGGGACGUCAGUGAAAAUCUCCAGGAAGCUGCUUGAGUUGGGCGAAGUGACCCAGGAUGUGCCAGAGGAGGAGUAUUCUCUUCUGUCACACCUGCCUGACGCAACCAAGAUCGACGAGGAAUCGGAGGAGUUCCAGGAGGUGGUGAAGACUUUCUACAGCACCAUUCAGGAGUACCACAGCAAAAUCCGAAUCAUCCAGGUGGAGAAACUCAUGAACCGACUGCUGUUCAAUCAGUACAAGCUGAAGAAGGCGAGUGUGCUGCAGCACUCCACUCAGCCGGUGGUCGAGCGGACUCUGUACCACGGGACGGGCGAGGCCAGCGUCAAGGAGAUCUGCGUUCACGGGUUUAACAGAAGCUUCUGUGGGAAGAACGCCACGGUUUACGGUCAGGGGGUGUAUUUCGCCGUCAACUCCGCUCUGUCUGUCCAGGAUCAGUAUUCGCCGCCCAACGCAGACGGAUACAAGUUUAUUUUUGUCUCCAAGGUUCUAACCGGAGAUUUCACCAAAGGCAACCACUCAAUGAAGACGGCGCCGCUGAAGGAGACUGGAGAUAUCCCCCUUAGAUACGAGAGCGUGACUGACGACAUCACCAAGCCCAGCAUGUUCGUCAUCUUCAACGACACGCAAGCCUUCCCAGAGUAUCUGAUCACGUGCCAGCGAAUCCACCGCUGAAAGCUGCUUCUGAGAAGAGACUCCUGAUGGUUUAGUGUUUCCUCUGAUUUGAGAAGUGCGUUUUGAAAGGUUGAAAGGGCUUAGACUUAAAAGCGUUCAGCUUGAUCAGUGACAAUCAACCCUUUAUCGUGUCUGUCUUGAUGUUUGUUUGUUUUUUGCCUUUGUUUCUGCUAAAAUGUUAUUAAAAAAACAACGUCAGGAAGGAUAGUUGUAAUAAUACGACGCUAAGCAUGUCCUCUCUGCACACUGUGGCUUAUUGUCCGAUCUUUACUGCAACAUUAAAACUUCUUUCAGUCACUUUUCAUUGGAACUGCUUCAACGAUAUUGCUGACGCAGCUUUCCUAAAAAAACAGCUUCUUUUUCUUUUCUUUUUUUUUAAAGCGGGGGUCCUCCGUUCAUCGCUCACAGCAGCUGGCGCCCAUUUAGCACGAUGAGCAUAGAAGUAAAACAAUGGCCCCUUUAAAAAGAAAUUAACCUGUUUUAUUGAAUUUCAUGUCUGAAAAGUCAAACCACUCCAGUCAGGGUCAGGUGUCACUGUGAUCGCAUGUUCCCUCAGAGGGCGCCAUAGGUGCUUGUUGCUCCCCUUGGGUGUUUUAAGGCCUUUGGUU